AUGGACGAUGCAGCUUUCAUCGCGUUGAAGAAGAAGAGGACAGUACUACGGCAGCAAGUCACGAGGGCCACCACCAGCUUAACAGCAAUAGUCAACUCAUCAGGUUCACGGAGAAACGCGAAAGCACUGAUAGUGCAUCUCAAUGAUCUAAUUCUCCGAACUUCAGUCCUACAGACCGAAAUUACAGCAAUUGAAGAAGAUGAAGACGAAGCUGAGCGUCAAGAUGGCACACAUCUCACCUACGUGGACAAAUGCGACGAGGCCAUUGCGGCAGCCCGGGCUUAUCUGACCAGCCGUGAAGGAGAAGAGGCAUCGGUAGUAAACCUGCACGACGGUCUACCCGUCCCAAAUCCGCCCCUUAUUCCCAUAACACCGUCGGAAGCCGGCCGGCGCAACCAAGCGCAACAAGAAGCCACCCAGCGUGAGCAAGCUCACAAGGAAGAGGUCGCUGCAGCCGAAAGGAAAUGUGAAGAAAUUAGAAUGCGAGCCCAAGCCCUUUGGGAAGAAGCCGAAGCUGCUCAAGCGGCUCUCAAUCAGUUGAAUAUCCGUCAACCAGAUCAAGAUCACUACUCGUCCGUUAGUCAACAGCUAGAGAAACGGUCUCCAGCAGCAGAAGAAUGGCUGAACAAGCAGCGAAACCUGAACGACAAUCAAGACGCCCCGGACGACUGGAUCGAUCUCUACAACAAUGGACGUUUACUUCCGGUCCAUAGCAAGUUCUCUUCCCGUUCCGCCGUCUCUGCAGAAUUGGACGUUUAUACUGGAAAGGCCAUCGAGUGGUUUGGCUGGAUUGACCUUUUUCGUGCGUUAGUACAUGACACGCCGAAAACCCCUGGAGAAAAAUUGGCGCUGCUGAAACAUUACCUCAAGGGUGAAUGUUUGGAUGUUGUCUACGGCCUAGGUGGCGGCGAAUCGGCCUACAAGCAGGCGCUGGUACGGCUGAAGGAGACAUUUGGAAGACGAGACGUUAUGCGGGCCGCCCACAUCCAGGCCAUUGAGCGCCUAGAAUUCAAGAAUGAACCGAGAGUGUUCAAACGUUUUGCCGAAAGAGUACGGACUCAUCUCUUCGACCUCAGCAGGAUUGGAGAAGCGUCAUCAGCAGAUAUCAUCGAGAAAGUAUGCUUCAGGCUCAAUCAGCAAGAUCGACUCGAUUGGAAUGCAGGACGACGUGGCCGUUUGGAAUUUCGUAGCCUCAACGAUUUCGGUACUUGGAUUUGUGAGCGAGCAUCGGAUUAUCUAAACGCCUACAGCAUAGCAGCGGAUCAAGUUGAUGCAGACAGUCCAGCAACAUCAAGAGGAAACUUCCCACGUCGAGCCAAUACGCAUUAUUCAUCCGUGGAUACGUCCGAAGGAGCAGGAGCUGUUUCAACUAAGAAGCCGUUCUGUUAUAAGUGCGAGAAGGAGCAUUGGCUUCAAGAAUGUGAAAGUUUCAAGGCUCUCUCAGUGGAGGAGCGGAUCAAUUUCUGUAUUUUGCAUCGGCUGUGUUUUAGCUGUUUUAGCUGCCGACACCCAGUGCAAGAUUUUCGAACAAAGCGGCGAUGCAGACAACCCGAAUGCAGAUAUUUUCAUCAUAUUCUGCUGCAUGAAGGCGCGAUGCCGGCAGAGAAAGAAGCCCGUCCUUCAAUCGCUCGGAUUAUUGGCCAUCAGAGAGUGACAUUGGGGAUGCUGAAACUCAGCGUGCAAUCUUCGGAUGGUAACUGGUUGCUCGCCAAUAUUAUCGCCGAUGAAGGCAGUGACACCACCUUGAUUAGGAUGACCUUCGCGACCCGUUUAAAGCUGCAAGGACUGCCGCAGGUGUUGAAGGUGGAUGGUGUCGGCGGAGUCAUCGACCGAUACCAGUCCGAACGAGUCCAGUUCCAGUUACGUGCCGAAUCUGGCGAAAUCUUUAAGAUGGAAGGUUCAACAAUGAAGAUGGUCGCCAGCCCCACUCCGAUCACAGACUGGAGUAAGGACAAACAGAAUUGGCCGCAUCUCCGCGACCUUCCGGUCGGAGUAGUGGGAGGAAAGGUGGAUCUUCUCGUAGGUAUAGACUAUCUGCAUCUUUUGUUGCCGCGCGAGACCAGAGAAGGACGCGAUUAUGAGCCAAUCGCCUGCAAAACAAGACUUGGUUGGAUCGUGAGAGGAGUUACCAGCCGAAGCCAUCAGGUCACAUCCAUUCGUAGCUGCACGAUCACUGGCCAGACCCUCCUGGAUAAUUUGACAGCGGAAGUUCGUCGUUUCUGCGACACCGAGAUGUUUGGGACCGAAUUCACCGCCGGAUGUGUAUCAGCCAACGACCGCCGAGCUCUAGUGAUGGCAAAGGAGAAGACCUGGAGGUUGUUCGUCGGAUACGAGGUGCCAAUCAUCUGGAAAGAAGGGGAUCCGGACCUCGUGAAUAAUCGACUCAUGACCGCCAAUCGCUUCCAGAGCCUUCUCAGGAGGAUCCAGCGCAAGCCGAAUUUAGAAAGAGAUUAUGAAGUGACGAUGGAGCGAUUGUCUUUUGGUGCCAGCUGCUCCCAUUUGGUGUUUGUGCUCAACUUAUUCCGGAACAACUGGAGUCUUCCGGCGAAGACGGAACUACGUCUAUUGGAAUCCAGCUCGGCCGGCGAGCCGGCCUCGGGGGAGGAUGGAUCGGCGAAAGCGCAUCCCGUCAUAAACUUGGCAACGUUUUCCCUCCCUCCUUUUCCCCCUCUUAAAUGUCAGUUAAUGUCGUCUGUAAAGCACGUUGAAUUCUGGGCUUUCACUCUUUCUCUCUCGUGUUAA